GUGAAGUAAUACCACUCAAGCUUGCUUGUACAUACAAUACAAUACCUGCACUUCAGUGGAGACAUUAUGGAUCCAUAUAUCUUGGCAAGUCAGCAAAUUCGAUAAGAUAAAGGACCUAAGCUCCAAAAAUUCCCCCAGCUCUUUAGGAAUCGCGAAUCAUCCGCCAAACAUCUUCCAGCCUGUAACCUAGAUUGCAGUUUCUCUAGACGUCACCUAGAUUAGAAAACAUACGCCCAUCCUAUUAAAAUAUGACUGAGGAACCAUUCAUAGACGAGGAAUAUGCAUCUGAUGAAGAUUCCGAUUUUGCGCCCGACGCAGCGCCAUUAGAUAUCGACGCCGAGGCUUCAGAAUCUGAAGAUGAAGUACAACUAGUCGCGGUACCGAGUAAGAAGCGCGGCGCCGAUUCAGAUGCCGACGAUGGAUUUGAAAACUCGGGUGACGAGGCGAUAAUACAAAGGGGCAAGAAGAGACGAAAGAAGGAAAGGCGGAAGGAUGACAACGUCGAGGAUGAUGAAGGUGGUGAAGGUGGGCUAAUCAAGACCCGGAGUAUGCGAGCAGCGGAGAAGGUCGAAAAGAAGUCGCGCGCAGCCACCGGCCCAGUAACGAUUGAUGUGGACGACUUAUGGGCUAAAAUGACCGCCGCUCCCUUAGUACCAUCUAAAGCAGAUAUAGAAACGGAAAAGGAACCCCCGAAGCCAACUCAGGAACAAGGAUCGGAUGAGCAAUCCAAAGGUGCAAAGGACAGACCACAAGCAGAGAAGCCAGGUAGACAAGAGCCGGUAUCAAUGAUAAAGAUAAAGCGUACCUACAAUUUUGCUGGUAAGGUGCACGUCGAAGAGAAGCUGGUGCCCCGAGAUUCGGCGGAAGCGAAGUUAUACCUAGCAUCUCAAGAUCCCACGUUAGUCGAAGACGCCGAAGCCAAGAACAGUCAGUCUAGACGGAAACCCCGAAAAGCCUUCCGAUCUAUAUUCGAGCCCGUCAUCGAAGGAUUGACACAGCGCGCAGACUUGAAUCUCGGCAUGGGCGCAAGAUUACAAUUGCGCGAGCAGGCAAAGGCCAAGAAGCUUAACGUAGUCGAGAAAAGCCGCAUGGAUUGGGCAGGAUUUGUCGAUAAGGAGGGUAUCAAAGACGAACUAGAAUUUGCUGGGAAGUCGAAGGAGUCUUACGUCAACCGACAAGACUUCUUGGCUCGUGUUGCGGCUAAUCGAGACGAAGAAGCAAGGAGGGCGAGAGUUGCCGGCCGUGCUUGAGAGAUUUGGGAAUGGGUUCAUCUCUUCAUAUUACUUCGAGCGUGUAGCUCUAUUUCUUCGGCUGAGGAUACCGGGUAACAGGGAGCUGGGUAAGGUGCAUAAGAGUCGUGUCGCUUUAACUAAGGGAGUUAUUGUGUUAUGAUAGAAGGCCGAUGGUAGAAAAGACUAUUGGGUAAGGUAGCGGUAGUGCUCUACCAACUAGAGUCAAUGUUUAAUAUGGCAUAACUACCUAACUAUAGUAUGUUUCUUGACAUUUGUUAUACUGUCAGAGUCGGAAUAUAUCGUUGGAAGCCUUAGGAUGGGAUGGGAUAGGAUAGGAUAGGAUAGGUAUGUGUUGAGUCUAAGUUAGAGACUUGAUAGCUGCAGGUGAGCCUUGACGGAU